AUGAUCCCUGAUUGCUUCAGCUUGGGUGGUGUGUUGAGAGCUUUAGCCGGAGGUAGUGGUCUUAUGAAGGUGAGUCAAAUACAUGGAUUCAUCAUGCAACUGGGUUUUGGUUCACACAAAUCUUUAAGUGGAUCCCUAAUCGAUGCAUAUGCAAAGUGUGGAAGGCUAGAGAGAGCUCAUAAGAUAUACAGGAGCAUGAUAAAAAAGGACAUUACAUCUUGCACGGCACUGAUAAAUGGAUAUGCAAGAGAAGGUAACUACAGCGGCGAUGUGCUAGACCUCUUUAAAGAAAUAACUCUUACGUGCGUGGCACUUGACAGUGUCAUAUUAUGCUCCAUGCUUAAUGUAUGUGCGAAAGUUGCUUCACUGAUCUUGGGAAGAAAAAUCCAUGCCCUUACUUUUAAACACCAACCUUGUCAUGAUGUGGCCAUGGGAAAUGCUCUCGUUGAUAUGUAUGCAAAAUGCGGAGAAAUUGAAGAUGCUAACCAUGCUUCUGAUGAGAUGGAGGAAAAGAAUGUUAUUUCAUGGACAUCGAUGAUUUCUGGAUAUGGAAGGAAUGGCUUGGGACAUAAGGCAAUUGCUUUAUAUAAAACGAUGGAAUAUGAGGGAUUGCAACCUAAUGAUAUCACAUUCUUGUCUCUUCUCUUUGCUUGUAGCCAUGCUGGACUGACAGUCGAAGGAUGGGAAUGCUUCAAUAUUAUGCUUAGAAAAUACAACAUCUCGCCUCGAUCUGAGCAUUUUUCUUGCAUGGUAGACCUUUAUGCACGUGCAGGUUUGUUAGACGAAGCUUACAAACUUAUGUGUGAUAUGAACAUAAAGCCUAAUUCAGCAGUUUGGGGAGCCAUUCUUGGGGCAUGUAGCAUCCAUGGUAAUAGCUUACUUGGAGAAGUGGUAUCAAUGCAUCUUUGCGAUAUGGAUCCAAAGAAUUCAGUUAACUAUGUUGUUCUAGGAAGCCUAUAUGCUGCAUUUGGUGCAUGGGACAAUGCUUUGGAAACUCGAAAUUUGAUAGAGAAUAGAAGUCUGAAAAAAGAACCAGCGCAGAGCCUUUUAGUAUCCAAAUCAAGUAAAACUGUGCUUUUGCAUGCAACUUAA